AACUUAACAAGUAACUACUCAAGUGAAAAUUACGAAAGUAUAUAGAAUAUUAUUUUUGGAAGAUAAACAAAGUUCCGAUUCCAACUCAUUUAAGAUGUUAAAAUACUACACUAUACUUCUUUUGAUAUCACCACUAAUAAGUGCUGCUGAUAAUCCUGAUUUUUCGUAUGACAACAUCAAAGAAUGGGGCGUUAAAAAUCCAAUUUGCAAUAAUGGAAAAAGUCAAUCCCCGAUCAAGUUGUCUAUAUUGACUUCAGAGACAAAUGUACCAGACAUUGGAGACGUACCACCAAUAGUUUUUAGAAAUUAUAAUAUACAACUGAAAAACUUGGAAAUGCUAAAUAAUGGCAGAACAGUGCAAAUCAAAAUUCCUAACAGUGAAGAACCACCUUAUAUAGAAGGUGCUUUGUUAACCAAUAAAUACAAAGCAAUAAGUUUGCAUUUCCAUUGGGGCUCAGUUACUACAAGAGGUUCAGAACAUCUUAUAGAUGAUCUUCGUUAUGAUGCAGAACUACAUAUUGUACAUCAAAAUAUGGCUUAUGAUCCUAAAGAAGCGUUAGAAAAACCGGAUGGACUUGCUGUACUCGGUUUUGUUAUCAAAAAGGAUAUAAUAGUUCCGGAAAGUACUGGUUUAAGAAAAAUAUUUGCAGACGUUGAUAGAGUGCGGUAUUAUAGUUCAAAUGUGACUCUUUCAAGUAGUUUAGCGUUACAAGAAAUUUUUGAUACCAUAAACACUAGCAAAUUCUUUACUUAUCAAGGUUCUCUGACUACUCCGCCGUGUUCCGAAUCAGUGAGUUGGUUUGUAUUUUCAAAACCUCUUAUGCUUCCCUUAUUAGAUUUUUUGAAACUCUGGAAUAUUUACGAUGAAAAUGGUUAUGCCAUAAAAAAUAAUUAUAGACCAAUUCAAAAUCGUGAAGGCCGAUCCGUUUAUUACAGAUUCUAAAAAAUUAUGAAUGAUUUUUAAGUAUAGAUUUUUAUAUAGAGUGCGUAUUAUGGUAUAUUUA